UUCUGUCUGCCUCUGUCUCUCCGCAGAGUACGGCAGCGAAAGAAGACAGAAGAAAGUGCUCGAGCGUGGCGGCAUGGGCGACCAAGAGCAACAAGCAAACGCGGUCAAGGUUGUGGUGAAGGUCGUCGUACAGAACCUGGAGAAGAAGGCGGGGCUUGCAACCAGACUCGUCGAGCAAUACCAACCAGACAUCCUGCUGGCGCAGGAGUUAAACCGCUGUUCGGAGGAAAUCGACACUGUUAGCUUUGUCUUGGCGUGCUCGUGGCCUUAUCCGGGAAGGGAUCUUCCUUUGGAUCAUGCUUUCGUUCGAGGCGUUCAACUCGAGAGCUCGUUUUCGUAUGGCUGUGAAUCAGAUCAUAACGGGGCGGUGCUCGAGAUAAGCCUCCCCUAGCUACAAUAGGGCAAUGUCGAUAUGAUACAACACGAGCGUCUCGGUGAUAUGCACAAAGAGUAAAGGGGUGCUUUUGGGGGUACCUUUGGGUCCUUCGCCGUGACGGUAUGUAGUCUACAUAGCCGAAAGGUGGAAUGAUUUUCUCCAACGAACAGUGCUUGGCGUCGAUUUCCAACCCCUCUUCGACUGACCCCUUGGGAAGAGAAGUAUUGUAGUUGCCGAACUCACGGCCAUCAAGUGAUCAUUAUUUGGCGCAGUCUGCUCUCGACACCAUCAAUAGUGAUUUGUCGUCCCUGUUCGGUCUAUUGGUUAGGCGUCUUGGGCGAACAACAGUCUGACUGGGUGUGGUAGCAGCCCAGUUGUGGGCGUUUCCCUCACUAUCCAGAACACAGGGAUACAUCGGUUCAAUCCCCCCAAAGAAUAACUCGAAAGCCUGAACGUGGCGUCGAAACUUGUCAACGAUGGGAACUGGCGUUGCUGCUGCACGGGACCAACCGCGGCAGCAAGGGUACGGUGUUGUUUACCGGAUUACAGUUCUUCGCGCACCAGCAAGAGCGUGACAGUCCUUGGACAUUCUGCUUA